AGCUCCGUGGUGGACAUGGAGGUGCUCCCUGCCUGCCUGUGCUUGAUGCUGCUGCUGCUCGGGGCUUCGGCCCCGGCAAUGAGCAGCGCCUCCUCGGAAGUACUGCCGCUGGUCAACGAGGACGUGAAGCGCACGGUGGACCUGAGCAGCCACCUGGCCAAGGUUACGGCCGAAGUGGUCCUGGCUAACCCGAGCGGCGGCUCCUCAUCCCGCACCUCCUCCUUCCUGCUGGCUCUGGAGCCUGAACUCGAGGCCCGGCUGGCGCAUCUCGGGGUGCAGGUAAAAGGAGAAGAUGAGGAAGAGGACAAUUUAGAAAUACGAGAAACCAAAAUUAAAGGUAAAAGUGGGAAAUUCUUCAUGGUCAAGCUCCCGUUUGCUCUUGAUCCUGGGUCCAAGAUUUCUGUCGUUGUGGAAACAGUCUAUACUCAUGUCCUUCAGCCUUAUCCAACACAGAUCACUCAGUCAGAGAAACAGUUUGUAGUGUUUGAGGGGAACCAUUAUUUCUAUUCUCCCUAUCCAACAAAGACACAAACUAUGCGUGUGAAACUUGCCUCCCGGAACGUGGAGAGCUACAGCAAGCUGGGGAACCCCACGCGCUCAGAAGACCUCCUGGAUUAUGGACCGUUCAAAGACAUCCCAGCCUAUAGUCAGGAUACUUUUAAAGUGCACUAUGAGAACAAUAGUCCUUUCUUGACCAUCACCAGCAUGACACGUGUCAUUGAAGUUUCUCAUUGGGGUAACAUUGCUGUAGAAGAAAAUGUGGACUUGAAGCACACAGGUGCUGUGCUUAAAGGGCCCUUUUCACGCUAUGAUUACCAGAGACAGCCAGAUAGUGGGAUAUCCUCCAUCCGUUCGUUUAAGACCAUCCUCCCUGCUGCUGCCCAGGAUGUUUAUUACCGAGAUGAGAUUGGCAAUGUUUCCACUAGCCACCUCCUCAUUUUGGAUGACUCAGUGGAGAUGGAAAUCCGACCUCGCUUCCCUCUCUUUGGUGGCUGGAAAACUCAUUACAUUGUUGGCUACAACCUUCCGAGCUAUGAGUACCUGUAUAAUUUAGGUGACCAGUAUGCACUGAAGAUGAGGUUUGUGGAUCACGUGUUUGAUGAGCAAGUGAUAGAUUCCCUAACAGUGAAGAUCAUCUUGCCUGAAGGGGCCAAGAACAUCCAGAUUGAUAGUCCCUAUGAAAUCAGCCGGACCCCGGAUGAGCUGCAUUAUACCUACCUAGACACAUUUGGUCGUCCUGUGAUUGUUGCGUACAAGAAAAAUUUGGUAGAACAGCACAUUCAGGACAUUGUGGUUCACUACACAUUCAACAAGAUCCUCAUGCUGCAGGAGCCACUGUUGGUGGUGGCUGCUUUCUACAUCUUGUUCUUCACCGUCAUCAUCUAUGUCAGGCUGGAUUUUUCCAUCACAAAGGAUCCAGCUGCUGAAGCCAGGAUGAAAGUGGCCUGUAUCACAGAGCAGGUCCUGACCUUGGUCAACAAGAGAUUAGGUCUCUACCGCCACUUUGAUGAGACUGUUAAUAGGUACAAGCAAUCUCGGGAUAUCUCCACUCUCAACAGCGGCAAGAAGAGCCUGGAGAUAGAACACAAAGCCUUGACCAGUGAAAUCACAUUGCUGCAGUCCAGGCUGAAGACAGAGGGCUCUGACCUCUGUGACAAAGUGAGUGAAAUGCAGAAGCUGGAUGCCCAGGUCAAGGAACUGGUGCUGAAGUCAGCGGUAGAAGCCGAGCGGCUGGUGGCAGGCAAACUCAAGAAAGAUACAUACAUUGAGAAUGAGAAGCUCAUCUCAGGAAAACGGCAGGAGCUGGUCACUAAGAUCGACCACAUCCUCGAUGCUCUGUAGUCUCUGCCUAUUGUGCUCUGAGUGGGCCAGGGUGGCUGCAUUUGCAGAUGGCGAGCAGGGUGG